AUGUCUCACAAUUCUGAGGCAGAGUGGGAAGACGACGAUCCAGGUCAUAUUCGAACAAUGUUGGCAGUUCUCCUUGGAAAUGUUUUUGACGAUUUUACCUCCUACGGAGCUGGACAAAGCGAUGCGGAUACCCUGCGUUCCAAGAUAGCUACCAAUUGUCUUGGGAUGGUUGGACUGGGAGCUGCCGGGUGGUUCUUGAACAGCGCAUAUUUCAUGAUCUUUGUGGCAUUUCGAGAAUUCCAAGCAUCGAGUAUUCGUGGGAAGAUUUUCGUGGAGCUACUGAAACGCGAUGUGGCAUGGUUUGAGGCACAGAAAGAAGGCUCAGGAGCAUUCCUAUCAGGUAUUCAAGCGUGUGACAGUAAUAUUCACGAUUUACAGUCGGCGACUUCUCAACCUCUGGGCCUCGUGUUGCAGUAUGGCUGUCGGUCGCUGGCAUCCUUGAUACUGGCUUUGGUUAUUUCGUGGAAGCUAGCUUUGGUCACUCUUGCAGGUAUUCCUUUGUUUUCAUCAAUAAUUGCGUAUCUGUCCACUCGAAUGAAAGCGAGUAUCACGGCACAACAGGUCGAGCUCACUCAUGUGUCGAAAAUUGCGAACAAUGCUAUUGCCUCGAUCGAUACGGUAAAAUGCCUCAACGGUCAAUCAUUCGAAUUGAAAAACUUCGCGAGUCGGGUCGAGCAGGCUGCAAUACACUACCUCAAACAAGCGCGGCUGAAUUCCAUACAAAUUGCGAUGAUCCGAUGGAUGAUGUUCGGGAUGUUUGUCCAGGGCUUUUGGUAUGGCAGCAGUCUGACCCGCUCUGGGAAAAUUUCAUCUGGAGAUGUUAUCACUACAUUCUGGGCGUGCACGACCGCAGCCCAAUCUAUCGAGCAGGUCCUUCCACAGAUGAUUGUUAUGGAGAAAGGCAAAGUUGCAAGUUUUAUCCUGAAAAGGAUGAUACGAGAGCGUGCGAAAGAUGCGAUUGGCAGCGAACUUAAUGCCCGAAACGUGCGUUCUGAAUCCUUCCACAUUUUCUUCCCUGCUGAGGAGACGACCUUUGUGAUAGGGAAGAGUGGAUCAGGCAAAAGCACACUCGGUCAGCUACUCAUGCGGUUUUACCUUCCCACAUCUGGACAGAUACUUAUCGAUGGUCACUCGAUCGAAUCUCUGGACAUUAAUUGGAUUCGGAAUAAUAUCACUCUUCUGGAGCAACGAUCCGUUUUAUUCAACGACUCCGUAUUACAAAACUUUAUGUUUGGACGUCAUGAUUCGGAGUCUAUUUCCAAAAGGGACAUUGAAGAUUCGAUUGAGCUUGCAAUGCUCCAGAAUACGAUCGGAGGACUACCUCGCGGCAUUGAUACUUCUGUCGGCCCCGGUGGGAGCUUUCUCAGUGGAGGCCAAAGACAAAGGGUUGCAAUUGCUAGAGCCGGGCUUCGGGACACGCCUAUUCUCAUUCUGGACGAGCCAACUAGUGCUCUAGAUCAAACAAACCGUGUAGCAGUCAUGAAGGCAAUCCGCAGGUGGCGUAGGAGAAAAACGACGAUCAUCAUUACCCACGACAUGUCCCAGAUUUCAGAAAGUGAUUUCGUUUACAUUUUGGAGCAUGGUUCAAUCAUGCAAUCUGGUUUCAGACACGAGCUUCAGAACCGUGCCGGAUGCGAGAAGUAUUUCUCCUCGUCAACAAAGGCAGGCGCUAGUUCCUCAAAUCAACACAUCGCGGGAAAUCGCAAUUCGCCUCCUUCAACUCUCUCGUCUCCCCAACUUAAAAACGUCUACUUUCGCUAUCCUUCACAACCAGACACAUUAGUCCUGAGAAAUGUUUCUCUGACCAUAUCCCGAAAUUCGUGCACCGCCAUUGUGGGACGUUCCGGCUCUGGAAAGUCAACCAUCGCUUCACUCCUAUUAGCACUCUACGAAUCCCCCGAAUCUCGAAGCCAUGAGCCCACAGUGAUGCUAGGUGGAAGGGAUAUCCAGCUUCUCCACGUCCCCCUUCUUCGCUCCCAGAUCUCCAUCGUAUCCCAACAACCAACUAUUUUUCCCGGGAGCAUCCACGCAAUCAUUACCUAUGGAAUCAAGUCAAAUGCCCCAAUGGCAUCAAUGGAAAGUGUUCGUACUGCAGCGAAUGCAGCAGGAAUCGAUGAGUUUAUCAUGUCCCUUCCGAAGGGGUACUGGACAGUGAUAGGUGAUGGUGGCAUCGGUCUCUCUGGGGGACAAAAACAGCGGAUAGUUAUUGCGCGCGCACUACUGCGUCACCCGCAGAUCCUCAUUUUAGAUGAAGCUACGUCAAGUCUUGAUCCAGCGGGCGCUGAAGUUGUACGUCAAACGAUUCAGAGACUGGUUUCUUUGCGUCGAGAUCUUACUGUUAUCAUCAUCACGCAUGCUAGGGAGAUGAAUCAGAUUGCGGAUCAUGUCGUUGUCCUGGAUCAGGGUUUUGUUGUUGAAGAUGGUCCCUAUGAUGCUCUUGCGGAGAGAGUGGGCGGUAGAUUGUAUGAGCUGAUGAAUGAUCCCCCGGAUGGAGGUGCGUAA